AUGGACUCCCAGAAGGUUCCCGUCAAGCUCGUCAAAGUCACCAGAGUCCUCGGCCGCACUGGCUCGCGAGGUGGUGUGACACAAGUGCGCGUGGAAUUCAUGGACGACACGACCCGCAGCAUCAUCCGCAACGUGAAGGGCCCAGUCCGCGAGGACGACAUCCUCUGCUUACUCGAGUCUGAGCGCGAGGCAAGGAGACUGAGAUAG